AUGCCGGCUUCUAUUGUUGACCCUUUUAUGGUUACCAGUCUUCCAAGGCUGCCAUCAUCAGGAAAGCUAUCUGACCAAUGUAAGAUAGCGAAAAUCCCAACGUCAACAAGUACUUCGUUUGAUAUAGCGGUGAAUGGCUCGUACGUGGCAACUUUUAUCCUCAAGCCAUCCCCCAGAAUGAUCUGGUCUCACUCACUUUCACCAUCUGUCAAAGUGGAUGCUAUCGACAGUUGUGAUCUUGACAAUAAAGCGGAGACACAGAAUAGUUCAGACGGCGGUAAAAUAUAUGCAGUUGGACUUUCGGAUCGGAAUAAACACUCGUUAAAACUUAUUAAAUGUGAAAAUCUCUUUUCAACAGAUGUUAAUGAUGACAGCGAAAGCGUUAUAGACAUCAAAAUAGACUCGCAAGCGGUUGGAGUACGCAUUAUGGAGGAUAAAGAACGCGUGGUAGUUUUGGAUAGUGAAGGAACAGUGAAAGCUUACCCUAUUAGAUUCCAUAACGAGGAAAAGGAAGCUGAAGAUCCCAAGCCACUUUUCACAUUGAAGAAGCGGGGUGACUUGCAUGGUUCCGUGAUUUACUACAGAUUUGUGAAAUAUUCAGAUUUUGACCUCGGUAAGACAUCCACAAAAUUCGAGACUGCAGAUAAGUUAGAGACAGUGCUCAUUUUUGUGGACAGAAUUCCAUCGGAACAGGCAAAUACACAAACUUUACAGGGACAUAUUCGUGCAUUUGGACAGACUAGCGCAUUGGAUAUUGUCAGUUCAACUUUAAAGCUUCCGGAAGAAGUGGGUAACUCUGAGUUAGAGAUAUCGUUCGAUCCAUCAGGAAGAAUAGUUGUUUUGACAAAUGGGGAACACAUGAAGCUAUACACAUACAGGCUUCCAUACUUAGAGUUGGACCAGACCGUUGAUUUGGGGUGGCUUUUCAAAGAUGAGGAAGUUGAAGGAGAAGCUUCGAUAAUCCCGGCUUCUACUAACAGGAUGCUUGUGGCGAAAAACGGAAUGAUUGCAUUGAUUGACACAGAAUUUAAGGCUCUCCUUACCAAAUUUGAUGUGAUGGACAAGGCAAAAAGACAGGGUAAGGCUGUUCUUAUGCAAGCACCGAUGGUUAAGGGAAACACUUUGCGGUCCAGAGAAACAUUCGCCUUGUAUUUGGUCAGUAAAAGUGCCGAGACAGGAAGUAUAUUGAAUCAGGUAACUGUAGAUACCGGACUUGGUAAGCUGAGAGAUGUUUUGGGACGUGGAUUGCGGGAAUUCCGUCCUAAAUUCACGCAGAAGUCCAAACGGUUUGUUGGAUUGCCACUUCUCGUUACAAGAAGUGAAUUGAAAUCGAAAAUCAAGGAGGCCAGUAGUCUUUUGAAUCGUUCCGGAGAGGCUUCGAACAAGAUGGGAAGAGUGUACGAACAGUUGAAAGAGAUGAAGAGGACGAAAAAGUACGAGGAGCUUGAGCAGUACAUAGUUUCAUUUUUGAAGAUGGAUAAAUCAGCCGAUGCUGGUAGAGGACUCCAGAACACCGAAAACGGGGAAGUUAAAACAAACGAAGUGGGAAAAUUGAGAGUGUAUGAGGCUGGAAAAGACAGAAUUGUUGAUCCUAAGUUUUUCAGGAAGGUGGCGUUGCUAUUGUUUGACCGUGUUGACAACAGAGCCAUUGGAACAAAGAUAAAAGUUCAGUUGAACGAGAAUUUCAUACCUGAACAUGCAUUAACGUAUCUGCUUACACAUCCACUCUUUCCAAAGGAUAUUACUCCUGGAUUGCUCAAUGUUCUUUCAGUGUCUCCAAGACUCAUGAGACAAGCUAUUGUUACGUGCCCAAAUAUUCCGUGCAGCGAUCUCAUAGAGCAGAUGAGCCUUGUAGAGGAUGCAGAUAUGUUUAAAGACAUUGUUGGACGGGUAACGGACGAUUUUGCGCCUGAUACAAUAACAGAGGAGAUGAUCAGGCUUGCAAAUGGAGAAGCAGGAGGCUCUAAUGCGAAGAUCGACGUUGAUGGAAUCAUCCGGAAGGUGAUGGACACUGGUUAUGGCAUUUCAAUAAUGAACUCUUUGAUAGACUCAAAUGGUGUGACUUUAAGUCUUCACUAUUCGAAGAAUGAGUCGGAGCUCGGAAACUUGACGAGCAGAAUUGAGAAGAAGGUGAGCGAGUGCGAGCAGCAGUCGAGACUAUUGUCGAUAAUCGACCAGUCGCUAUCUUUAGUUGAUGGAGUGAGUGGAAGAAAGAAAAGAGAGCAAGCCGAAAGAAGAAGAAGAAGAAAGACUCAGUCUCAAAGCAAGACGGUGGAGGUAGAAAGCGGACGUACAGACUCAAUGCUAAAUGUGGGAAGUGUGUCGAAUGAAUUAUUUGAUUCCUCUUUGUCAAAUACCAAGAGGAUUCCUACAUAUUCUAUUGAGCGUCUAGAAAUAUAG